GUCUUCAUCUGCGGCCAGGAGCUCUCCAUUACAGCAACACUCCACGAAAACGACAGCCGCCAUGACCGAGAGACGUAUUCCGUUCACCCUGCUCAGCACCCCGAGCUGGGACCCGUUCCGUGACUGGCAGCAAAGCCGCAUCUUCGAUCAGACCUUCGGCAUGCCCGCCCUGCCCGAGGACUUCGCCACAUUCCCCAGCACCCACUGGCCGGGGUACCUGCGGCACUCCGUCCUGACCCCGGACAUGGCCUCCAUGGGCGCCAUGAUGCCUCACACCCCAAUGAUGCCUCAAGCCCCCAUGAUGUACCAGGCCCCCAUGAUGUCCCAGCAGGCUCGUGCCCUGACCCGCCAGAUGAGCACCGGCAUGUCGGAGAUCAAGCAGACCCAAGACAGCUGGAAGGUCUCUCUGGAUGUCAACCACUUCUCACCCGAGGAGCUGGUGGUGAAGACCAAGGAUGGCGUGGUGGAAAUCACUGGCAAGCACGAAGACAGGAAGGACGAGCACGGCUUUGUGUCCAGAAGCUUCACCAGGAAAUACACCCUCCCCUCUUCAGCUAACGUUGAGAAGGUGGCCUCCUCCCUGUCCCCCGAGGGGGUGCUGACCGUGGAGGCUCCCAUGAUCCGACCGGCCAUCGAGUCCUCAGAGACCACGAUACCUGUCAACGUGGAAAACAAGGGUGGCGUGGUGAAGAAGUAGGAAGAGAAGCAGCACGCCGUCUCCCCCACGAAAGAUAUUGUAAAAAUGCUCACUUUACGACUCCAACCUGCUUCUAGAAAGGUGAAGAGGCGGCUGAGCGCUCCUCCCAAAGCAGGCUUGUUCACGUGCCAGAGAGAGGAGGGAUUGCCCUCGCUCCUCUCUCUGGCCUCCGUCUCUGGUAAUGAGCCAACCCCAGCUGAGUGCUGCGUGUAAACACAUCUGCCGUAUGCCUGCUCUUUCUGCCUUAAUUACACUCUUCAUCUGAAUGCAGGCAACCUCGGCUUAGCCCCGCUCAAAGCUUUGUCUUUCCCUCAUUUACUCACCUCUCCCAUUUCCAGGGAGUUAACCCGCUUCAUGCUGCCCCCACAGACACACGUGAAGACAGUCAAGCGGAUUGUAAUAGGUGUGAUCAAGUGAAUUAAAAAACCGAAUGCACACAACCACUUUGAGGGUAGAAUAACACCCGUUAGAGUACACACUGUGGGACUGGACUGGAAAUACACUGGUUUUAUCGGCAAACUAUUCAGGCAUGCAAACACAGAA